CAACCUUGAAGAAGCGCGAGCCGAAGACACAACGGCCGCGUCGCGAGGCUAGGGUUCCCCAAGGGCCUGGCGCAGCCAAUGAGCGGGCGGCAGGGGCGGGGCUUGAGAAGGGACAUUGAGAGGGAGAGAAAGCGGGCGGGCGCGAGGUAGAUUAUUGUGGCGAGGAGCGGCGCGCGGGGCAUGGCCCGAGGUGCCCGGCGAAGGCAGGGCGAUGGCGGCGGCCGAGAGGGCAGGUUGAGGGAGAAGUGGUCCUUCUUCCCUCCGCCGGCCCUCUCCUGAGGGGAGCCACCAUGAGCACGGCGCUGGAGCCCCCCGCGAGGCAGGCAUGGAGCCGGUCGAGCGCGGCGGCGGCGUUGAGGCGGGCUGCUUGCUUGGCGGCGGCGGCGUACGGGCUGAGGCUGCUCUGGCGCCUCAGGAAGAAAAGAGCGCCGUCGCCUCAGCAUCCUCGCCCGCCGCAGGAGGAAGAGGCGAGCGCGAGCGGUCCUUUUCUCCUUCCUGAGGCGUCGUCGCUGUUGCUGCGGCCUUCCUCGUCUUCCUCUUCGUCGGCGGCGGCGCUGCCCCGCGGCUCCCCGGCGGCCAACGCGGAGUUCUUCCGCCAGCUGCUGGAGCUGCGCCAGAUCCUCUUCCCGCAGCUGCUGGGCCGGGAGAGCGGCUGGCUGGGCCUGCACUCCGUGGCCCUGGUCUCGCGCACCUUCCUGUCCAUCUACGUGGCCGGCCUGGACGGCAAGAUCGUCAAGAGCAUCGUGGAGAAGAAGCCCCGGCGCUUCGCCUGGCAGCUGCUCAAGUGGCUGGCCAUCGCCGUCCCCGCCACCUUCGUCAACAGCGCCAUCCGCUACCUGGAGGGGCAGUUGGCCCUGGCCUUCCGCACCCGCCUCGUGGCCCACGCCUACCGCACCUACUUCGCCGACCAGACCUACUACAAGGUCAUCAACAUGGAUGGGCGCCUGGCCAACCCCGACCAGUCCCUCACCGAGGACAUCGCCAUGUUCUCCCAGUCCGUGGCCCACCUCUACUCCAACCUCACCAAGCCCAUCCUCGACGUCGUGCUCACUUCCUACACCCUCAUCCAGACCGCUCGCUCACGGGGGGCCAGCCCGGUGGGACCCACCUUACUGGCAGGUCUCGUCGUCUACGCCACCGCCAAGGUCCUCAAGGCCUGCUCGCCCCGCUUUGGGAAGCUAGUAGCCGAGGAGGCCCAGCGCAAGGGCUACCUGCGCUACGUCCACUCCCGCAUCAUUGCCAACGUGGAAGAGAUCGCCUUCUAUAGAGGGCACAAGGUAGAAAUGAACCAACUCCAGAAAAGCUACAAAGCUCUGGCAGACCAAAUGAACCUCAUUUUAUCCAAACGUUUGUGGUACAUCAUGCUAGAACAGUUCCUGAUGAAGUAUGUAUGGAGCAGCAGCGGUUUGAUCAUGGUAGCUGUACCAAUCAUCACUGCAACAGGAUUUGCAGAUGGCGAAUUAGAAGAUGGUCAGAAACAAGCCAUGGUGAGUGAACGGACGGAAACAUUCACUACUUCACGGAAUUUAUUGGCUUCGGGAGCAGAUGCUAUUGAGAGGAUCAUGUCUUCUUACAAAGAGGUCACAGAGCUAGCAGGCUACACAGCUCGUGUGUACAACAUGUUUACAGUCUUUGAUGAAGUGAAGAGAGGCAUUUACAAAAGAUCAGCUGUUUUUCAAGAAUGUGAUAGCAACAACAAGAAGAGUGAAAAAACAGGAAGACAUAUUGAUGGUCCCUUAGAAAUCAAAGGAAGAGUGAUAGAUGUUGAUCAUGGAAUUAUCUGUGAAAAUGUUCCUAUUAUUACCCCAAACGGAGAUGUGGUGGUUUCCAGGCUAAACUUCAAAGUUGAGGAAGGGAUGCAUCUUCUAAUCACUGGGCCCAAUGGCUGUGGGAAGAGCUCUCUCUUCAGAAUUCUCAGUGGCUUAUGGCCUGUCUAUGAAGGAGUUCUCUACAAACCACCUCCCCAACAUUUGUUCUAUAUUCCACAAAGGCCUUAUAUGUCCAUUGGAACGCUGCGGGAUCAAGUUAUCUAUCCUGACUCAGUGGAUGACAUGCAUGAAAAAGGGUACCAAGACCAGAACCUUGAGUGUAUCCUGCAGAUUGUUCAUUUAAAUCACAUAGUACAAAGAGAAGGGGGGUGGGAUGCUGUGACAGAUUGGAAAGACGUCCUGUCUGGAGGAGAAAAACAGAGGAUGGGCAUGGCUCGUAUGUUUUACCACAAGCCCAAAUAUGCUUUGCUAGAUGAAUGUACAAGUGCUGUCAGCAUUGAUGUUGAAGGGAAGAUAUUCCAGGCAGCAAAGGGAGCAGGGAUAUCUUUGCUUUCAAUAACACAUAGGCCAUCUCUUUGGAAAUAUCACACACACUUGCUACAGUUUGAUGGGGAAGGAGGCUGGCGCUUUGAACAGUUGGACACUGCUAUCCGCUUAACCCUCAGUGAGGAGAAACAAAGACUAGAAUCCCAGCUUGCAGGAAUGCCAAAAAUGCAACAGAGACUGAAUGAACUUUGCAAAAUCUUAGGUGAAGAUUCUGUGCUUAAAACGAUGGACAAAGAGGAAUAAAUGAUUUAGUUUUUAUUCCCCCCUCCCAAUUUUUUAAGUUAUUGAAGCACUUUUAUUUCUGAUACACUCUGGUUUGCAUGUACUGUGAUUAGCUUAGAAUGAAUGGAAUUGGUAAGAAGGUAAAAUGCUUCAGAAAGUCUUCAACCUUAUAAUGUUAUGGAGGAAGAGUCAAAUUAAUGCUGUGCCGAAUGCCUAGUGCCGAGUCCUAGUGAUGACUGAUUUUUCAGUAUAAAAAUGGGGUUCUUGAAGGUGUGAAAAGCCUCUUGCAAAACUUCUUAAAUUAAUAAUCUCCCAUCUGUUGUUUGUGUCUGUAUGUCCCUGAUAUGAUUGUGUUGUGAUGCUAAAUUUGGGGGUUGUGUUUUUAAUGUGCAAUCACUGUGAUGUUAUAUACAGUGUCACAUUGAAAAACAAAGUUGGACACUGGAUACCAUGGGUGAUGGCAAACAACCUCUCCUAUUGCCUUGACUCUGAAUGUGGGAAUGGGGAAGGGUAAUACCUUCCCCCGUCAAUUCUGCAUGGCAAAAUUAUUUUCCCCCCAAUCUGGCUAUUGCAGUCAACUGUUACGCACAAAUAUGUUGGAUGGCAUACGAUGUGUACCAGAUAUAGAACCAAAUGUAAUUUCAGAACUGUGCUGUCUUUCAGCUAAAAGGUUCUCAAGGUGUUCUACAGAGAUUAACAAAAAGGGGGAUAUGAGAACAUAUGUAACAAACAAAUGUUAGAAAGUUAUAAUAAAUCUUCAAAACAACCAGGAGUCUAUGUGUGCACACACAUUGGCCAAACAAAAGGUGUGAAGAUCUGUUGGGAUACAGAGACUGGAUGGCUAUCUGUUGAAAGUGCUUUGAUUGUGCUUUUCCUGCAUGGCGGGGGUUGGACUUGAUGGCCCAUGUGGUCUCUUCCAACUCUAUGAUUCUAAUCGCUAAUUGGAGGAAUGUUGGAGAGCAUGGUUCUUAAUAAGCCUCAAUAAAACAAGGCCCUGUUGUGUUGCAACAUUAUUUUCUGCUUCAGUGACAAACACUCAAAUUCUUACGAUCUUCCACUUCUUACUGUCAGACUAAGCCAAGCAUAUUAAUAUAAAAUUCCUCAGAGAAUUUUACAUGCCUCUUGCUUCACUGUCUGGUACUUCACAAAAAUUAAAACAAUACAAUGAAACACAUGUUCAUGUUUAAGAUAGGGGUAGCUCAACAACAUCUCAGUAACCCUAAUUUCAGGCAUAUUCCUUUUUCUCUAAAAAAGAUCUCAUGAAAAUGUCAAGCGGAAUCAUAUACUCAGUUAAAUGGUGCUGCUCCUUUGACUUUCUCAUCACAAUAACACAGUCUCUCCCUUGCAGCUCUGCUUCCCUAACAAUAGCUUUUAUAGAUGUCUGGUUGGAGAGGAAGGUGGCAAAGGAAGUUGGAAAGCCAGCUUUGGUUGCAAAAACAGUCCUUGAAAUGCGUAUAACAGUGAAUUAUUUUCUUAAUUUUUAAAGGUAAUUUGUAUUUUUCUGGACAUCCAAAACUUCAUCCGUGUUCUUUCACAGCUAAUCAAUUGCUUAUCAAUUCAGGGAUGACUCCAGGUGGAAGAAACAUGGAAUGGCAUGUAAUGACUGUAAUUCUCCUGCAACAGAUACAGUGCCCCAGUAGGUUGGCUUCAAGAGCAUUGGAGAAAACAAAGAUGGUGGUUGCAUGCUGCCACCCACAGUAUCCACAAAACAGUGGUCAAAAUGUUCCCAAUAGCUACCUGAAGAUAACAAUACUGAAGCUUGCAGGACUUGACAAUGGGGGGUGUCCUUUUUCUUGUUACUUGCCACUUUGAGAGCAGCUUCACACCUUCACACCAAACUGUGUAAAACCCAUAAAUUAUUAAGGAGGGUGAUGGUAGUGGUAGGAAUGUUCCCAAAAGACACUCUUCCAUUUCGGCUCAGCACUGAUUUGACUCCAGAAAAUUAAGUAGAUUGUAUAUAUAUAUAUAAUUGGUCACUGUAUUUUACCAUAGGUCCCAAAUGCAUUGAAUUCCCAGUAUUCCUGGGAAACUACUUAUGUGGUUAGAUUAUUUUGUUAGAUUGUUUCAGAACCACCCAUCUGCCACGUGCAUAUGAUAUGCCUGCUGUGUACAGCUCAUGAGGCAUGUUACCCAGGCAUCGAGAAACAUAAGGGCAGGUUUGUGGUGAGUAUGCAGAUGCAUAGCUGAAAAACAAGCCAAACAGGGAUGGAAGGGAAAGAAAUGUUAUUUUAAUCCAUUUGAAAAUGAUCUCUUCUUCAACUGCUAACUUAUGCAUGCCAGUAGCCCUGUUUUCCUAGGAGAUAACAAGAUGACAGCCAAACUAAAAGAUUUACAUUAGAAAUGACCUAGGUUUCCAUUCCAAUCACGGAGGAGUGACAAGGAAAACAUACAGCAUAUAACAAAUAGCAAAUGUCCCACAAGGCUGGAGAAUAUUUUAUCUCUUUUGCACUACCUCAUUGAUUGGGAGAACAUAGCAGCAUGUGCAAGGUUCUUUUUUGUGUCUUCUAAACUUCCCAAAAACUCCCAGAUGACUAUUUAAUUUUUCAUUGGGUCAAAAAAAGGCUCCCAAAAACGUUUCUUAAACCACCUGGAACACACUUGGGCACCAAAACAAGCUAAAUUCCCACUGCCAAAACUUGCUUUAAAUAACAAAAAUCAAAUAAAGAUGGACUAGACAACACUGAAAGUACAAAAAACACUUUUGAUGAUUUCUGAGUAUUUUUGGUGUUUUUUUUAGCAUAAAAAUUCACAGCUAGACUCUGGAACAAAAUUGGGGCACCAUCAAAUCACAACUCCUGCUAUACAGUGAGUAUGAAUUCAGAAGCUAUGUUAGGUUUCUCUCUUUGCCCUUUCUAACGAAUUUAUAAUAUCUUUGGAGAAAUAUUUAAAGGAAUAAGAAUAUGAUGUGUCUUGUAGCACCUUAAAGACUACUAAGUUUUAUUCAGCAUAAAAUGGAUUCCAGCUCUGAUCAUCAGACAUAUCUACAAAGAUUAUGCCAAAUAAGUGUUAUGUUAAAUAAAAUAGAUUAGUCCUUAAGGUGCCACAAGGCUCUUUAUUGCUGUUUUUGGUUCAACACAGCUAACCACAUGGGGAAGUAAACUCUGAUUAUCAUGGAUUUUCAAAAUACAGUAGCCCCUCCAUUUUUGUAGUGGUUUCAUAGGGCUAAAGAACCUCUAUAAUAGUGGGAAAACUGCAAAUUAAAAAAAAAAAACCUACUAUAUUGUUUACCCGAGAGAACACUAUCCUAAGAAUCUUUAGGUACUUAAUGACCUAGAAUCCCAUAGAAUUGUACUGGAGGACACAGAUUCCAAGAGAAGUGUUUUCUCUACAAAUCUCCAACAUGACUCUGGACAACUUAUAGUGAAAGUUAAACAUACAAUUGCCCUGGAGGACCUAGAGAUUCCUAAAGAGAAAUAUUUAUUCUAAGAAAGUUAAAGAUGCAAAUGUGAAGAAGGUCCAGCUGUGACAGAAAGGCUGCAGUCCAUGUUAAUAGUCUCAUCCCACAUCCAUUUACUUGGGAAUCAAGACCAGAUAAUUCCUUUUGAGUUUACAUUCAAACAAGGGAUUUUGUGUGCACCUUCUGCAUGUCAGGGACAUUUUUUAAAAGUAAAAAAAAAAAGUUUCAUAUUCAUUAGUUCUAUCCAGGGAAAGCAUAUAAUUUAGAUUUGCUUGUAACCCCCCCCCCCCCAAAAAGGUCAUUCUUUCCUUAGAGUUCUUGAUAAUUAAAAAAUUCAAUUUAGAUGAGCCAAUCCACACUCUCAGUGCCAAUUUAGGAUUGCAAACAACACAUUUCUUUCAGAAUUAGACUUCAGGUUUAAAGGGAAUAAAGCUUAUUUCUGUUGGAUAGAUAAGUUUUUAAGUAAAAGUUCACCCAUUAAAUUUCAUUUGCUUGAAAAGAAGACACCUGACUGCAAUUAUGCACUGAUACCAUGUGGUGGUGGUGUAUACCUUUACCUUGUACAUAUGAGCCUGCAGUCCUAUACUAACAUACCUGGGACUAAGCCCUGCUAAUUUGGGGCUUCUCUUUGAGUAGUUUUUUUUAUUGGAUUGUAUUGUAACUGCACUAUAACAAAAUUAACUCAAACACAGGUCGGGAUGGAGUUACCAAGAAGACGAUUUGCUGCUCAGAUAAUGUAACAGUGAUCUCAGCCUAGCAUGCAGUAAGCAACUCAACAGGCUUACUUUGAUCUGUCUACAUGUAAACCUGGGCAACCUUUGCUGACAGUGAGUAGCUUGUUCUUAGUAGAGGAGAUCAUAAAGCAUGUGUACAGCAUAGACUCAGUACCUAUGUAUUGCACAUUUCUUGAUACUUUGUGCCUAUGCUAAUAAGAGUUCUUUUGAUUUAGAA